GGCCGAAAGGAGUGAGACAAACUGAUCGAACAGGGGGAGUCGGACGGGGGAUCUCAGUCGCAAACAUAGCCUAACCAAAUCCGAUUUGUCUCUUCUUAUAGGAUCAAGCCUUGAGAGCGACAGCCCGAAACCUCUCUCUCUCUCUCUCUCUCUCUCGGGAAAUCUACAUAUAUUAUAUAUAUAUACUCACACAUAAGCUGGUCAUUGUAGAAAUCGCGCGGCGCUUCUAUCGGAAAUGAGAAAGAGGCCGAAGACGAGGCUGGACACGGCGAUUGUGAAUGUUUGGCAGCGUGAGGUCGGCCAACUCUCUACAAGAAACUUCGCCCACCGCUUCGCCGCUUCGGAGGAUCUUGUGCUUCGACUUGAUCUCUUCAGAAAGCUGGAAAAACACAGAGGCUGUGUUAACACAGUUAGCUUCAAUGAAGAUGGUGAUAUUCUUGUGUCGGGCUCCGAUGACAGGAGAGUCAUAUUCUGGGAGUGGGAAACUGGGCAUGUUAAGCUCUCAUUUCAUUCUGGUCAUUAUGAUAAUGUUUUCCAAGCGAAGAUCAUGCCUUACACGGAAGACAGAACCAUUGUUACCUGUGCUGCUGAUGGGCAGGUAAGACACACUCAAAUUCUUGAACGCGGGGAAGUGGACACUAAACUACUGGGGAAGCAUGAGGGUCGAGCUCAUAAGUUGGCAAUUGAACCUGGAAGCCCUCAUAUUUUUUACACCUGCGGAGAGGACGGAUUAGUUCAGCAUUUUGAUCUGAGAACUGGAGCUGCCACACAACUUUUUACUUGCCAGUCCCUACUUGACAGCAGUUUCAGUAUUGAUCUAAAUGCAAUUGCAAUAGAUCCAAGGAAUCCUAAUCUGAUAGGUAUUGCAGGGUUAGAUGAGUACACUCGACUUUAUGAUAUACGUAAAUAUAAAAGGGAUGGUUCAACUGAUUUUGGUCAGCCUACUGACUACUUUUGCCCUCCACAUUUGAUUGGUCACGAGCAAGUGGCAAUAACAGGCUUGGCUUUCUCGGAUCUUAGUGAGCUACUUGUCUCCUAUAGUGAUGAAUUUAUUUAUCUCUUUACAAGAGAGAUGGGAUUGGGACCCAAUCCACCUCCAGCUUCUCCUCUGUCUUUGGGCGGUGAUGCAGGUGAAAUGGGACCAGAGCAGAAGUCAGCAUCACCUCCUUCAGAUGUGGAUGUUAAAGUUGGUCCUCAAGUCUACAAGGGCCAUAAGAACUUUGAAACAGUGAAGGGUGUAAACUUCUUUGGGCCUAAAUGUGAGUAUGUUGUGAGUGGGUCAGACUGUGGCCGGAUUUUCAUUUGGAAGAAGAAGGGCGGGGAGCUCAUUCGUGUUAUGGAAGCAGAUGAACAUGUGGUGAACUGCAUUGAGUCUCAUCCUCAUUCCACUGUUCUUGUCAGCAGUGGAAUAGAAGACAGCAUAAAAGUAUGGACUCCGAAAGCCCUUGAGAGAAUGUCUCUGCCUACAAACAUUGAAAAGGUUCAGAGACCUAAUCGAUUAAGUUUCUUCACCAUAUCUGAAAUCGACGAGGAAGAUGAUGACGAGUCUGAGUCUGAGUCUGAGUUUGAGUAUGAUUAUGAUGAUGGGGAUGGUAAUGGUGCAAGUGAUGACGAUGAUGAUGGCAACGAUGACAAUGAAUAUGGUGUUAGCGACGAUGACGAUGACGAUGAUUCCGAUGCUGGUGAUGGUUUUGGUGAACAUUCUGAUGGUUUCAGUUGUGAUGGUACUGAUGAUUCCUAUGAUGACAACAACGAUGAUGAAGCUUGUGGUAAGGGUGGUGACAAUUGCAAUAAUGGCUGAUAGUAAUGACGAUGGUGACGAUGAUGGGGAUAGUGUUAUGCUGAUGGUGAUGCUUACACUAAUGAUUUGUACUUUCUGUUUCCGACCACAUGUUUCAACCCAGGACUUGAUUUUACAGUUGUUUCACUGCAAAGGUGGUGUACAAAUCCAGAGAGCAACGGAGAGAACUCUGCUCCACAAAGAGGGAUUGCUGAGCCUGUCAUGGCAUGUAAGUGAUGGUUCCUCAGAUGAAGGCAGUGAUACCUCCAGUGCUGAAGACCUGCUUUAAUUUAUUGAUCCUGCACAAAAGUCUCUGUUUUACGGGACUUGUACAGAAUUUAGCAAUAUAGGUUACACUAUUUAAAGUUUUUUGGUUCAAUUUUUUCUCCAGUAAAUCUUCUAUUUGUUCAUAGCUAGCUUUCAAAGAGUAUUUGUUUCUGGCUUCAUUUUUUGAAGAGAUAUUGUGCAGGAAUAUGAACUAAAGGAGGAAAUAAAAUAUAAAAUGUGUUUGGUUUAUGGAAAGUUUUGCAAGAAA